AUGACGUUACUGGACGAACAAGUUAAGUCAGAGCUUACAAAAAUGCAAGCUUUCAUUGAGAAAGAAGCAAAUGAAAAAGCAAAAGAAAUCAGAUUGAAAGCAGACGAAGAAUAUGAAAUUGAAAAAUCAUCAACAGUAAGAUUAGAAACUUCUGCAAUUGAUUCCACAUAUGAACAAAAAUUAAAAAAAGCAAGUUUAGCACAACAAAUUACAAAAUCAACAAUUGGUAAUAAAACAAGAUUAAGAAUUUUAGGAGAAAAAGAUCAAAUUUUAAAUCAAAUUUUUGAAGAUGCCGAAAAGGAAUUAAAAACUAUUACAAACGAUAAAGAAAAAUAUAAACCUGUUUUAGUUGGAUUAAUUGAAGAAGGUAUAUUGAUUUUAUUAGAACCAAAAGUAAGUUUAAGAGUGAGAAAAGAAGAUGUAGAUUUGGCAAAGGAAGCUGCUAAAGAAGCCAGUAAGAAUUAUGAAGAGAAAUCUGGUCAACAUGUAGAUAUUACUGUCGAUGAUAAGGAUUUCUUGAAUAAAGAUCUUGCAGGAGGUGUGGUAAUUGUUAAUGGGACAGGCAAAAUUGAAGUAGACAAUACCUUGGAAGAAAGAUUAAAGAUUUUGCAAGAAGAAGCAUUACCUGCUAUAAGGUUAGAAUUAUUUGGUCCUUCUUUAACCAGAAAAUUUUUUGAUUAG